UCAUUUCCUGAGUACGUAUGAACGAGGGAAUCCCUUCUGUUCGAGACGCCACCUUCAGCAGUUGUGGUUUAAACCGGUGCAGAACCCUUUCUCUUUCUUUUCUACUUUAGCAUGAAAACUCAGAAGAUAUACCGUAGGGCUGUUGCUUCUGCAUGAAUACAGUUUCUACAGUAUGCUUUUCUCAGUUCAACCAAGGCUAAAGCAGUCAGUGAAGUAUAUACAAAGUAGCUUUGCGAAGCGUAGUCAAUGGACAAAAGCGUCUCUUCAUAAAAUGAAGAAAAACGAUCUAUUACGAUUAGCCAAAGAGAAUCACUUGAAAAUAAGCGGUACAAAAAACGAUAUGAUCGUUCAAUUGCUCACUCAUCAAACAGCCAAAAUAGUUGGUACUUCGACGCCGACAUUACAUAGCAUACGGAAAACCAUACAAAAAGAUAGUGGAAAGGAAGCAGAAAAGCUUCUUCAAAGCAAACACCAAAUUCAAGAACGUAAAUCAGUAGCAACAGAAGGAGCAACAGAGAAAAAUGAUGUGGGGAAGGGAGAUUCAGAAGGCAAAGAUACACCAAUUGAUAUGGACUGGGUGAAUGCUUUCGACAUAAAAUUAGGUCAAAGAAGUAGUCGAUUUGCAUCAUUAAGUAAGCCUUCCAAAGAACAAAGAGCAUCUAGGCAAAUAGGUAUCAAUAAAGAGCUGGAGAAAACACUCCAGCAUCCGCCGUCGUCAGAUGCACAAUCAAAAUCUGCUCAAUCUGAUACGAUACUUGUCCAUGAGGUACCCUCAGCUCCAAGUGUGAACGCAGACAAUGUGACUCAAUCUGAUCUACAAGAAUUAGCUGACAUGGAUCAAGAAUGGGUAAAGGCAUUCGAAAUGAAAGUAGAGUCGAGAGGUGCGCGACAACGUCAUCAAGUUGGUGAUACGUUAUCAAUCAAAGCUGGUACACCAUCCCCGUCAAAGUCAUCAACAGCAUCUUCCAGCGGGAGUACAACAAUGGCAGACAAAAAAGUCAUAAGGGCUCCUACAGCAUCAGAAACAGAAAUACCCCCCCUAGAUGAUAAUACAAAAAAAAAUAGCAAUAACACCUUUAUAAGCGCAGCUAUAGGCUCUAGCAUGCUCAUAUGGUAUUUUGGCGGAGGAGAAGGAUUUAGUCGAAUCUGGCAUUUCUUCAUGUGAGGGACCUAAUCAAAACGGCAUAUCAUAGAUUGUACUAUAUAUUAUACAAAAAGCUAGUCUACGGCUAGAAUCUGCGGGGAAAAAAAAAAGUAUUUAUUAUCUAAAAGACAGAAUGGUUACAAAUAAAUAUAGAGUAGCUUGAGCAAUGAGUGCGCAUCUGCAUCUCCA